AGGUCUCAGUGAUGAGCUACAGCGCCAAGUUUGCUUCGUGCUUCUACGGUCCCUUCAGGGAUGCUGCUCUAUCCAAACCUGCCUUCGGAGACAGGAGAUGCUACCAGCUGCCCCCGGGUGCCAGGGGCCUGGCCAUGCGCGCUGUGGACCGGGACGUGCGUGAGGGAGCCGACAUGCUGAUGGUGAAGCCGGGGAUGCCCUACCUGGACCUUGUGAGGGACGUUAAGGCUCGACACCCCACGCACCCGCUGGCCGUGUACCACGUCUCGGGGGAGUUCGCCAUGCUGUGGCACGGCGCCCAGGCCGGCGCCUUCACCCUGGAGGCCGCAGUCAGGGAGGCGGUCACAGCGUUCAGGCGCGCAGGGGCCGACGCCAUCAUCACCUACUUCACGCCGCAGCUGCUGCGGUGGCUGCGGGAGGAGGCGGCGGCGGGGCGGGCCUGAGCCGGGCGGAGCUUCCGGGGCGGGCGGAGGCGGUUCCGCGGCAAAGGUGGGUGCGGGACAGGGCCGCCCCUGGGCCCCGAUCGCGCCUGGCCCAGGGGCUGUGGAGCCCCCGCGGCCGCCCCGCUCCUCCCCUGCUCGCCCGCACCCCCCCAGCCAGCCCCGGUACAGCCCCGCGGUGCCCCCCGCGCCCCGCCGAGGCACCCCCGCUGUGAGGUUCAGCCGCCCGGUCUGGGAGGGUUUGCACCUCGGGACUGCGAGCGGGGCCGCCCCCGGCCGUGUCCGCGUCAGAGUGACCCUGAGCCCCCCCGAGGGACGCGGGCACCCGCGGAUGUGAUGUGGGCCAGGGGCCGGGGCCCGCACCGCUCCGAUAGUGACCGGCGUGAGCCCGCAGCGCCCCCGGCUCUGCCCUCCCCGUUGCCCCGGGCGUCCCGCAGCGCCGGGCUUCGCUGAGGCCAUGCUGAGGCUCCGCUUGCUGACGUGGGAUGUGAAGGACACGCUGCUGCGGCUGCGGCAGCCCGUAGGGCACAGCUACGCGGCCGAGGCCCGGGCUCACGGAGUCCGGGUGCAGCCGGAGGCGCUCAGCCGCUCGUUCCGGGAGGCGUAUGGAGCCCAGCGCCGGCGCUUCCCCAACUACGGGCAGGGCCGGGGGCUCAGCUCCCGGCAGUGGUGGGUCGAUGUUGUCAAACAGACCUUCAGGCUCUCGGGCGUGCAGGAGGAGAGCGUCCUAAUGGUGAUGGCAGAAAAGCUCUACGACGACUACUGCAGCGCCCACAACUGGGAGGCGCUGCCGGGCGCCAGCGAGACCCUGAGCCAGUGCUGCCGGCGCGGCUUCCGCAUGGGAGUCGUGUCCAACUUCGACAACCGGCUGGAAAACAUCCUCUGCCAGUGCAACCUGCGGCACCACUUCGACUUCGUCCUCACCUCCGAGGCCGCGGGCUGCGCCAAGCCGGACGGGAGGAUCUUCGAGCAAGCGCUGCGCCUCGGCGGGGUCCUGCCGCAGCAGGCAGCUCACGUCGGGGAUGACUACAGCCGCGAUUACAGGGCAGCGCGGGCCGUGGGUAUGCACAGCUUCCUGCUCCGGGCUGCGGGGCAGGGAGAGGAGCCGGAGGUGCCCCCCGAGCACAUCCUGCCCACGCUCAGCCACCUCCUGGCUCUUAUUGAGAAAGGGGAGGACCAGCACUGCUGAGCCAUGAAUCGGUCCCAGCGUGGGAUUUCUUGCUGCUGGUUGGGCAGGGAAAAGAAACAAGUUCUUCCAAAGGCAGGGAGCAGUGCUGCCUGUGGAGCUGGAGCGGGGGGUCCUGCAAUAAAGUGUACCUGACACUCAG